GUUGCAAGGCACUCAUCGCACUUCAUUCUCACAGUCCAUCAUGGGUGGCACCUGCAGCAGUUCGGCCAAUGUCAAGGUGGGCAGUGGCCUGCAAGCUUCUCAAGUGGAGAGCAUCAUCUUCGUGCUUGGCGGUCCGGGCAGCGGCAAAGGCACACAGUGUGCCCGCAUUUGCGAAAACUUUGGCUACACCUCCCUCUCCACGGGGGAUCUUUUCCGCAACGAGGUCAAGCAAGACUCGGAUCGAGCCAAGGAAGUGCAACGGCUCAUGUCCGAGGGCAAGCUGAUCCCUAUCGACAUUACCUUGGAAAUCCUUGCCGACGCCGUUCAAUCCACGCUCGCUACCGGUGGUCCCGUCAAGCUUCUGCUCGACGGCUUUCCUCGUGAGCUUGAUCAAGUUCACGCCUUUCAGAAAAAGUUUGGUCGCGGUUGCGACUUUGCCUUGUACUUUGAGGCCGACGAUCAGACGCUGGUCGCCCGUUGUUUGGAACGCGGUAAGACGUCGGGCCGCAGCGACGACAACGAGGAAUCCCUCAAGGGUCGCAUCGAAACCUACCACUCCAAGUCCCGCCCCGUCGUUGAGCACUUCCGCGCUGCCGACAAGCUCAAGACCGUCAACGCCGGUCAAGACAUUGCCGACGUCUGGAAGGACGUACAAGCCAUUUUUAAGUCCCCAACCCCGACCGAGGUCUC